CAUCCGAGGGUAUAUAGAGGCCUCACAAACACACACACACACACAGACAGGCACACACACACACACUCUGGACAAGACAGCGGGAAACGAGGGAGGUUGCAGAACACUGCCGGAAUUUUAUGCUAAAACAAAAAGUUUUUGAACAAGCAAGGAAACAAAAAACCCUGAGAAGGACUUUUGUGAUAUUUUUUGUGCACGUUUUUGUGGAUCUUAACCUGCGUGUCAAGGUAGCAGCAGAGAGGCUGUGACCACCACACCAUAUGAGGAAGACUUGAGCAAAGUGAAAAACAAGGAAAAAACAAGGGGAGACAGAGAGAGAGAGCAGGAGGAACUCGUUUGGACUUCGUUUUUCAAACUCUCAGAAGGAUUAUAGUGUUCGAGGACUAACAACCAAACACUGAGGAUCUAGGACUGUGGAUCGAUUGGAGCUCAGCAUUUGGGCCUGGGCAACAUUUGGGUUCUGAGAAACUGUACUCAAAUUGGUGAGGAAGAAAAUCAGUGUGAGGAAGAGCUGUCCCUGUGGAAGACGCAUUGGUGAGGAGGAGGAGGAGAAAAGAGGAGCAGGGAAAAGAGGUGCAUGUGGAGGAGUAGUUGUUUUUGAGGAAGUUGUUGACUAUCCACAUUGGUCGUUAAGGAGGAAGAGCAUCAGGAAGUUGCUCUGAGGAAGAGGAGGCGCGGCAAAAAUCGGAGGAAAAGUUGCUGCGGAGAGGAGGUUACUGAGGAGGAGGAAGAGUCGUCGCUACUAAGAGUGGUUACUAAGGACGUGUAGUUACAGAGGAAGAGAGGGAUUAUUGAGGAGGAGAGGAGGUUACUGAGGAGGAGAGGAGGUUACUGAGUACAAGAGAAGGUUACCGAGGAAGAGAGGAGCUUACUGAGGAAGAAAAGAGGUUACUAAGGAAGAGAGAAGGUUACUGAGGAAGAGAGUGGAGAUGAAGUACAGCAGCUACAGCCCGCCCGCGAGCAGCGUGGGGUACACUACUCGCUACAGUAGCUACUCCUCACCCUCCUCGUACUCUUCGCACUACACACCGUCGCUAUCGGCGACCACACACUACACCCCCUCGACACACUACAAAUCAUCGUCAUCAUCGUCAAGCUACACACCGUCUAGCCACUACACACCAUCCUCUUCCUCCUCCUCAUCCUACUCCUCCGCCUUGACCUCUAAGUACCUGUCACCCAGCUAUUCCAGCACCUCCUCAUACACACCGUCCUACACGCCAAGAGCAUCAAGCACCAAGACUCUCUCCUCCUACAGCUCUUCGUCCUCCUCCCCUUCCUACUCCUCCCCUUCCUACUCCAAAUCCCCCCGAUACACCUCCGCGCUCAAGAAGUCGCCAGGCAAAAGUUCCUCCUCCUCCAAAGAUGCUGACGCCGGCAAAAGUUCCUCCUCCUCCAAAGAUGCUGACGCCGCCCCCGAAACCUCCACCACCCCGACCCCCGCAGCCCCCGCAGCGCCCGUCAAGCCGAAACGCAAUGUACGCUUCCCCAAUGACAUCAUCUUCCAGGACAUUGUACGCCGCGGAGAGCUGGAGCAGAUCGGGCGCUUCAUGAGGGCGCGCAAAGCGCGCCUGGACAAGUUCUUCCUGUCCGGCAUGACGGCGCUGCACGAGGCGGUGUUGAGUGGUAACAUGGAGUGUGUGAAGCUGCUGGUGACAUACGGGGCUGACGUGCACCAGAGAGACGAGAAGGGAUGGACAGCCCUGCACAUGGCCUGCAGCGAGGGGUUCCUAGACAUAGCCAAAUACCUGCUGGGUUUGGAUGCCAAUAUAGAGGUGAAGAACUGUAAUGGAGACAAACCGGCUGACCUCAUCGAAGAAGAAAACACAGAGCUCCUCGAGCUUUUCAAAGUCGGAUGUGUCUGAAGACCCACACACACACACACACACACACACACACACACACACACACACACACACACACACACACACACACACACACACACACACACACACACACACACACACACACACACACACACACUUAUUAAACACCAGGCUUUGACCUGAGUCUACUGAAUAUAUAUUUUUUCGAUUUGUAGAUUUUUUUUUCUGGGAUUAAUAGGUCCCAUUUUGUUUUUAACAGCUUUGUUUUCGCUCACACUGUCCACCAUCCACCUCCACUUUUCAACCCAGCGAAUUUCCACCAAGCACAAGCUUUGACUGUACCAUGUCCCUUUGAAGCCCACCUAUCAUAAGCUUGGAGUGCACCUUCGUCCCCGCUCAACCUACCUACCACAGACUUGGACGAUACCAUUGUCCCUGUGGAACCUAUACCAACCAUAAGCUUGGACCACACCAUUGGCACGCGGGGGGACAUCCCACCUGGAUCUGGUUUGGACCAUACCAUUGUCCCCACUGGCUUAACGCAAGUACUUCAGCACCCCCUGCAAGCCACCAAGAAUGGGCCCCCGAACGGAAAAAGAGAGCCUAAUAUCAUGUGGAGGGGGGCCCGUUUCUUCAAGUCAAGGCGUUUCCCCUGCCUCGCGGGGGCUGCGGGGGUAUACUUUACGCCCCUGAUUGUCCCGUAGCCUUGGGUUGGUGUCAGUCACCCUGGGCUCUGGAAGUGUGGUUGCCACUUUUCCACUUGGACUGGGAACUUGGAACUGGGAACUUGGGUCUACAUGGAACUGGAACUGGGAUCAAUGUGGGACUAAAACCUGGAUGUAUGUUGGUUUUUUCAGUGUACCUGUUUCUACUUCUGGGAUGGGGACGAUGGUGCUGAGAUAUCAGACACGACUGUGUCAUAGACCUGGGUCUAUGACAAACAGUAGUGGUGGCCACCGUUCCUGGGUCUACUCAUGGUGGCAUCCUAUGGCCAUUUGCUUGAAAUCCUACAUAUCUGCAACUUCCUGUGUGCGUGUGUUCCUGUUUUUAAAGCCUGUGCUACUGCCUGUGUGUGUAUGCGUGUGCGUGUGCGUGAUCCUGUUUUUCAAGCCAAUGUUGCUUCCUGAACCUGCUGAUGCUUCUGCUGCCAUUGCUGAUGGUUGCCAUAGCUACACAGGGAGGAAGUGAUGCGUAGCUCUUUCCUCUGCAGGGCAGGGGGACGCCACAAACCUCCCUCGGCCAUGGCUGCUGUGUGCGUUCGUUCGUGCACAUGUGCAUUCAUGUGUGUGUGUGGUGAGGUUACAAUGUAACUGGUGCUUAAAGCAAGGUGUGCAUAAAUGUACGUGCACAUAUGCACAGUGUACCUGACUAUAUCUGUUCCUUUUGCCAUGGCUGUUGUAUGUGUACAGUGUGUGUGUGUGUGUGUAUGUGUGUGUGUGUGUGUGUGUGUGUGUGUACGAUAUAAGCCAAGUGUACCUGAAGACCUGCUGAUUGUCUCUAUUAAAAGUCUUAUUUUUGUGUUUUAUACAUUUGGAUAAAGAACAAAAAAAUAAAAAAUAAAGCGGCUUUUUAUAAUAAUAA